UCGUGUGUGGAUCCUUGUAAGUUGGCCUUUGGUAAUCUCGGAUUACUGGCCAUCAUGACACCAUUCUACUAGGGGCGGAAUGGGGUCGUGGCAAACUCACUGGUACUAUUCCAAGUGAGAUUGGAAAGCUUCAAAAUCUACACAAAUUGAAUCUCGAUGACAAUUCAUUGUCUGGUAACAUUCCAUCUUCCCUAGGAAAUCUGGGUUUGUUAAUUAAACUUGCUUUAGGACUAAAUAAUUCUCAAGGAAACAUUCCUCCGAGCCUAGGGAAUUGUAGUAAUUUGCAAAAUCUGUUUCUUUCUCAAAACAACCUUAACGGUACCAUACCAAAACAAGUUGUUUUUAUCUCAUCCUUGUAUAUAUAUCCCAAAACCAAUUGAGUGGUUCUCUUCCCAUGGAAGUUGCAAAGUUGAUAAACCUUGGUUACUUGGAUGUCUCUAAGAACCUAUUAUCAGGUGAAAUUUCGAGCACUCUGGGUAGCUGCACAAGCCUGGAAACGCUACGUUUGGGGAACAACUUUUUCAACGGAGCCAUUCCUUCUUUGAAUUUCUUGAGAGGCCUUAGUGAGUUGGAUCUCGUGAAUAAUAGCUUGUCUGGUGAAAUUCCAGUGUACUUGAAGAGCUUUAUUUUAUUGCAAAAUUUGAAUUUGUCUUUUAAUAAUUUUGAAGGUGUAGUACCAACACAAGGUGCAUUUAGUAAAGCAAGUAAAAUAUCAGUAGUGGGAAACAAUAAGCUCUGUGGGGGGAUAGCUGAAUUGAAGCUACCUAAAUGCAACUUCAAAGAGGAUGAAAAUAGGAGAUCAAAUAGUGCCUUAACUGUAGCACUCUCUAUACCCUUUGGGCUUCUAGGACUAGCUCUCGUGGGGUGUGUUCUUUAUCUUUGCCAGUUCAGAAAUAGAAGAAAAUAUACUCCUUCAAAUUCAUCAAAAAAUUCACUCUUGAGGGUGUCUUACCAAACUCUUGUUAAAGCCACUGAUGGCUUUUCAUCUUUCAAUUUAAUCAGUGUUGGUAGUUUCGGGUCUGUGUACAAAGGAGUUAUUGAUGGAAUAAUUGUCGCUGUGAAGGUACUUAAUCUUUUGCAACAUGGAGCUUUGAAGAGUUUUCUAUUCGAAUGUGAGGCACUAAGAAACAUCAGACAUCGGAAUCUUGUCAAGUUGAUAACGACAUGUUCGACGAUAGAUUAUCAGGGUCAUGACUUCAAGGCCCUGGUUUAUGAGUUCAUGGUCAAUGGGAGUCUUGAAGAGUGGUUACACCCAAAUUGCAAUGAAGAUUUGUCAAAUGAAGAGCUUAAGAAGCUAAACCUUCUUCAAAGACUAAAUAUUAUCACUGAUGUUGUUUGUGCCUUGAAUUAUCUUCACAACCAUGCCCAAUCCCCAAUAGUCCACAGCGAUCUUAAGCCAAGCAACAUUCUUCUGGACAAAGAUAUGACAGGGCAUGUUGGUGAUUUUGGGUUAGCAAAAUUCCUUGCAGACCAUGCCACCCAUGACUUGUUUGUAAACGAAACAAGCUCUGUUGGCAUAAGGGAAACAAUAGGUUAUACUGCUCCAGGUGAAUAUGCUUUGAUUUAUUCUUAAUUGUUUCGUGCACCAAAAAGUGUAAAGAAAAUUGCAUGUGUGAUUUGGGCAACGCAUUAUUUUUUUAAUACACAGUUCUUUAACCUUUUCUAUUUAUGAAACAUUUCUGUCUUUUAUAUCCAAUAUUUUGUUUUGCCCUUUA